CAAGCAGGCAAGUAAUGUAGUUUGCUUGCAUAGUACAAGGACUGGCAUUCAAACUCAAGCAGCAGCGGAUCAUCGCUUUGGAUUAUUGUUUUCACCUGACAUUUGUCAUCUUGAAUUUUAUACUUUUCCAGCUUUUCACAAAGCUUUAAAUCGGCAGACAAGAUGCCGUUGAAUUCGAGUUUCUCUAGUAACUAUAAUUACGACUACGACUCGGUCCAGCCUUACUUUUAUGUUGACAAUGAAGAGGACAAUUUCUACCAUCAGUACCAGAGCCAAGUGCAGCCACCGGCACCCAGCGAAGACAUCUGGAAGAAAUUUGAGCUGCUACCCACCCCUCCGCUCUCCCCAAGCCGGAGACCGGCUCUCUCAACACUGCUGUUGCCUGCCAUAGCUGAUCAGCUGGAAAUGGUCACUGAGAUUUGGAGGGACAACCAGAGUUUUAUUUGUAGUUCUGACGACUCCCAAUCUUUCAUAAAAUCCAUUAUUAUCCAGGACUGUAUGUGGAGCGGAUUCUCUGCAGCUGCUAAGCUGGAAAAAGUGGUGUCGGAGAGGCUCGUCUCUAUUCAGGCUGCUAGAAAAGAGUCAUCUUCCAACAAUGCCUACGGCAGUGUAAAUACCAAUUACUUGCAAGAUCUCAACACGUCGGCUUCAGAAUGUAUCGAUCCUUCUGUCGUAUUUCCUUACCCGUUGAACGCCAGUCCGAAGCCCACUGUAGUAUCGCUUCCGUUUACAGUACUGGCAGACACGCUGCCAAACAGUAGCAGUACCAGCAGCAGCAACUGUUAUUCUGAUGAGGAUGAAAAGGAAGAUGAAGAAAUUGAUGUAGUUACAGUGGAGAAAAGGCUGCCAGUUAAAAGACCAGAAUCCAAUACAAGCACUGCUGGAGUUCCCCACAGACCCCAUCACAGUCCUUUGGUCCUUAAAAGGUGUCACGUUCCAACUCAUCAACACAACUAUGCUGCCCACCCAUCCACUAGGAGUGAUCAGCCUUCAGUCAAGCGGGUAAAGUUGGAAAAUAAUGGUAGAGUACUUCAACAAAUCAGCAACAACAGAAAAUGCUCAAGUCCAAGGAUUUCUGAUAUAGAGGAAAAUGAUAAGAGGAGGACACACAAUGUCUUGGAACGGCAGAGGAGGAACGAGCUCAAAUUGAGUUUUUUUGCAUUAAGGGAUGAGAUCCCUGAGGUUGCUAACAAUGAAAAAGCACCUAAAGUGUCAAUACUUAAAAAAGCAACAGAAUGCAUCAUGAACAUGCAAACGGAAGAACAAAGACUUAUUUCAUUAAAGGAACAGUUGAGGAGGAAAACGGAACAGUUGAAACACAAGCUUGAACAGCUGAGGAACUCUCAUGUAAGGACUUGUAGAUAAAUAUUAUGUAGACUUUGACAUUUAAAAGCCUCUUACACAUUUUGUUCUUUAAAUUUACAAACUGUUGCUGUGUAAUACAUAAAUUGUGUUUUUCUGCUCUUGCAUGUUAGUGCAAACACUUUCUCACAAAAAGACUUGAUGAAAAAUUGUACCACUUUGGAUGGAAUCUUGCAUUUUUAAGAUUGCUCCAAAAACCGCAAACUGCCUCAAUUAACAAACUAAAAGGGACUCUCGGGUGUAGGAUGCUCGGGGUUGUU